CUUGUUGCUGUUAUGGUUUUUAUGAUUCUAUAGUUUAUUGAUAUACGUAUAUCAAUAACCAGGUGCUUUUUUAACGUUACGUUUAUCUCGUGCGUUUCUUAUCCAAGGUAAUCUAAUCUAGUUUGAGUAAAAUAAAAUCUUUUAGCUUGAUAUGAAUUAGUAUACAACAAAUUUAACGAUUGCAGUUUCUUUUUCAACAAGUAUAUUCGUUAACAAUUAAAAAUGCUAUGCUAUAAAAAUGUUCUGCUUCGUUGACAUGCAUUUCCUCUUUAGUAUUAGAAUAUUACAGAAAUAAAAGUCAUUGAUCGUAAAUUAUUAAAACAUAAUUAUAACCGUCGAUAAUUGAUGUAAAAGAAAUGCUGUCAAUAUACGUAUGUACUAUCAUAAAUUGUUAAUACAAAAUACAAAGUUUAUAUAGAUGUUUUUCCAUGACAUACGCAGACUGAAUUGUUUUAUUUAAGGUAGGUUUUAUAAAACCAGUUGUCAAACCGGUUAUCGACCAUCAAAACAUUUUACCCGUCGAAUUUUCUGUACUUUCUGAUCCAUACAGAUAUACGAAUUACAUUAUACCUUUUUUUUAUGUACAGUCUAUUAGCAAUUUGAAUAUACACUCGGAAAUACUAAGCCUCGUAAAGCAUUAUAACCUGAGGCUACUGAUAGGACGUAGUCGAGGCAGUUCCUUGUUAUAAAAGAAAGGAACGCUUAGUUAGUAACAUUUGUAUCGCACAACUGGAGUAAGUGAAUAGCAGAGAUUAAACAUUACAGACACAGCAUACACAGCAUGCAGUUCUUUCGUAAAGGAAGUAUGUCGAGAGUAAACAUUUUUGCGAUAUUAAUUACACUUUUUUGUUUGACAAACGAGUUAGUUUCAAGUGAUAGUAAUUAUUGUUAUUCCGACGAUGAACAUCCCUAUCUAUGCGCUGGUACGAAGACGGCUUAUGAAGUCGAACAUGGCUUAAUUAAAAAUACUACUCUUCCAAAUUGCAAGCCAGUCCAAAUUUGGAUGUUAAUUAGACACGGAACUCGCAAUCCUGGAAAGGAUCAGAUCAAAAGCAUGAAACAUAAUUUGCCAAAACUUCAAAGUAGCAUCAUCGAGAAUCAUGAAAAAUAUGGAAAUGGUAGUUUAUGCCAGAAGGACUUAGAGAAACUAAAAACGUGGAAGUUAGAUCCAAAUCUUAAAAAACACCGAUCCAAGUAUUUGACAACUCAAGGUGAAAAAGAUUUAUCAUCGCUCGGUGCACGGUUUAAAGAUUAUUUCCCGGAACUUUUGCAAUCCUAUCCGGUUGAUACUUUAAAGAAAAUAUACAAAUUUAGGUCAACAGAUCUGCAACGAACUAUAGCUAGUAUGGAAAAUUUUAUUAAUGGGCUCUUCGGUAAUGUAACCAUCGACAACACGGUGGUAGUACCAACUUCUGAGGAUACUCUGUUACAGUAUUAUAAAAUUUGCAAGGCAUGGUUGGAACAAGUGCAUAAUUCGACGGGCAAAUCUGAAGUUGAUAAAUUUUUAGAUAGUCCAUCAUUCAGAGAAAUAAUCGGCAAUGUUAGUCAGCGACUUGGCUUUUCGAACAGCCUUUCUUUCGAUGAUGUUUUAAUUAUGUACACCGCAUGCACUUUUGAAAAUGCUUGGUACGUAAAUGAAAGAUCGCCCUGGUGUGCCGCUUUUACAAAGCACGAAGAUGAACUAUUCGAGUACGAAGAGGAUCUGUAUUAUUAUUACCACGCCGGUUACGGCGAAGAAAUGAGCACUGUCAUUGGAUGUCCACCGUUACAGGACAUGUUUAAUGGUUUUAGAAAAUUGGAGAGCGAAGACUCAAGCGAAGAACCACAAGGCAUUUUCUAUUUCACUCAUAGUACGGCGCUUCAAUUGCUUUUAACAACGAUGGGGGUUGCAAAAGACUCGAUACCUUUGAAAGCUUCGAAUUUUGAAAGUAUGAGAAACAGAAAGUGGAAUAGUUCCCGCCUGGCGCCGUUCGCUGCGAAUCUUGCAGCCAUUUUCUAUAGGUGCGAUUCGUCGAAUAAAGUUAGGUUUUACUUAAACGAGAAACCUUUAGACUACGAAGGUUGUGAAUUGGGCGUGUGCGACUGGGAAUAUUUGAAGGAGAAAAUGGGACCCAACGCGUUCGACUGUAACACAGAUUUUUGUAAAGCUGAUACAACAAAAUAAUUAUAUAUUACAUGUAACGUAGAAUCUUAUUUUAUUAUUAAUGGUAUUAAUGGUAAGCGUUACGCAAAAGAUAACAAUGAAGUAAUUUAAUAGUAGGAGUGAUUCCGUAGUGAUUACGUAGAUUAUCGUAUGUGCUUUUGUCAGGAAUUGUGUUGAAGAAAUUACAGUCUGACAACCUGUACGUAUAUGUUCGAAGCAACGAAGCUAGACGACCUUAUAUUACUGUCAUAUAAGCUGGUGUGAUGAACGAUAUGCUCAUAUAUGACACCUUCAAAUUUAAUCACGUUUACUUGAUAUCAUCAGAAAAAUCUUUAUACAUAUUUGUUUAACUUCGAAAGAGAUAGCGGAGUAAUAAUAUUUAUUAUCAUUUGUUAUUAUAUUUUAUUUGCCAUCUGUAAUGACUACUGUAUUACUACGUAAUUACUGUACUGUAUUUAAAUACAUAAAUAUAAUCUACGUGCUGCGUGAAAUUAGAA